CGUUCACCCGGUAGUCAGACGCACGUGCUGAGGUGGACUUCAGUCAUCACAAAACAACACACCUUUCCCCCUCUGUCAGUAUUUACAACUUCAGACCUGAGACGACCAUGUUUGCAUCAUGUUGCGUAAUGCUUAAAACCGACCGUACUGCGCAGGCGUGAGAGGACGGUGCAAUAAAAGUCAAUCAAAUUAAAAGCUGGCAUACAGAGAUAUGACUGACAAUAGCGCCGCGUCAGUGCUUCUGUCUGUGUAAGCUGUCAGUGAGACAACAAGAGACGACCCAACAGUCCGCUCAACAGUGAACCAUGUCUACACCGGGCAGUGCCAAGGGCCGACCGCAGACGAGGCGCUUCAUCAGCGGAGUGGUAGAAGGAUUUUAUGGGCGGCCAUGGACUAUGGACCAAAGAACUGAGCUGUUUAAAAGAGAACAGAAGUGGGGUUUGAACACAUACCUGUACGCCCCCAAAGAUGACUACAAGCACAGGAUGUACUGGAGGGAUCUGUACUCUGCUGAGGAGGCAGAACAACUCAUCGCCCUGAUAUCAGCAGCUAAACAGCACGAUGUCGAGUUCAUCUAUGCAAUCUCUCCUGGCCUGGACAUCACCUUUUCCAACCCCAAAGAGGCUGCUGCCCUGAAAAGGAAGCUGGAUCAGGUGAAGGAGUUUGGCUGCAGGUCCUUCUCUUUACUGUUUGACGACAUCGAGACUGAGAUGUGUCCAGCUGAUAAACAGGCCUUCACCUCCUUCGCCCACGCUCAGGUGGCCAUCACUAAUGCAGUGUACCAGCACCUGGGAGAACCUGAGACCUUCCUCUUCUGUCCUACAGAUUAUUGUGCUGUAAUGUGCACUCCAACUGUGUCCCAGUCCUAUUACCUGCACACUGUGGGAGAGCAGCUGCUGCCUGGGAUAGACAUACUGUGGACCGGUCCCAAAGUGGUGUCCAACAAAAUCUCUGUGGAGUCUAUAGAAGAGGUGUCCUCUGUCCUGAAGAGGCCACCAGUCAUCUGGGACAAUAUCCAUGCAAACGACUACGACCCUCAAAGGAUUUUUCUUGGACCCUAUAAGGACCGUCCAACUGAACUGAUUCCCAAACUGAGAGGAGUGCUCACCAACCCCAACUGUGAGUUCUACCCAAACUUUGUGGCUAUCCACACCUUGGCUACAUGGUGCAAAUCAACCUCUGAUGGAGGACAGAGGGAUGUGGAGAUGGGCGAUGAGAAGCAGGACCCCUGGUACAGCCCAGAGAAAGCCCUGACCCUGGCCCUCACCGACUGGCUGCAGGAGUUUUUAAGCGCUGAUCAAAAUGGAGCUCGUCCCAAGAAGGAUUCGUCAGAUGAGGAGCCCAUGCAGACAGACAUAGGAGAGAGCCCGUAUGUUCCUGGACCCGGUGAGAACCCGCUGUACACAGCAGAGCCCCUGACCCUGGAUGACCUGAAGCUGCUUUCAGACCUCUUCUACCUGCCGUACGAACACGGGCAGAUGGCCAAGACCAUGCUAAGGGAGCUGGACUGGCUCAAGAACCACAGUCGGGCCGCGGCUGCAGAGACAGACGAGACAGCAGAGUGGUGCUCAAGAGCGCAGCAAUUUGACGGCAUGUGCGAAGCGGUGGUGCAGAUGUUCAACCGUCUGUCAAACGCCCCCAACCGCAGCAUUCUGUACGACCUCUACAACUACAUCUGUGACAUCAAGAGCGGGGUCGGCCUGGCUCGAGCCUACGUGAAAACACUGGGAGGGCAGUGUCCACCCUCAGCCCAGCUAAUGAACGAUGACCCCGAACCCUGGGGCUUCAGAGGAGGCCUCUCUGGAGAGUUCCAGAGGAUGCUGCCUUGCCACGGAAACAGGGACUUGUUCAGACAUCCCCUCAUGACAGAGGUUUACUGCAUGCGGCCGUACUCCCCUGAGGACAAGGUGCAGGUGCAAAAGAUUUUCAUGGAGAUGAAGAGUGCAGGUGGGGGUAAAAUGCCUCUCAUGAUGCUGCCUCCACUUCUCUGUGACAGCCUGUCCUCAGGUGAACUCGCCCCGUCUCCUCAGUGUGCUCUUAUCCUGGAGGAUGAGAUUGGGGUGUGUGGUUACGCUCUUGCUCUCACAGACGCCCAACCAGCCGCAGCCAAGACUCAGAGGGCAGUAAGUGCUGAAGUGCUGAAGGACUUCCCAUCACUGGUUACCAUACAAGUGCUGCCAAGGGUCAUCGAUUCCACUCCAGCAAAGCGUAUGAUUGUCCGGCUGUUGUCCUCCAUCAAGAACAGCGGAUCCAGAGGAGUGUUUUGUGAGUUGAGGCAGAGUGAUCGGAGGAUGCUCGACUUUUACACCAAACUCGGCUGCUUCAAACCCAUAACAAUGGCCGGCCUACCUGAAGAUGUUGUUGCCAUGGGGGCAAGCCUGUGAACAAGAUCAAUGUUAAGGAUUAUCCUCAGGUUUGAAACGUGCUGAGAUAUUCUGAUACAGCUGUUGGAAGUAAUUCAGAACUUUUUAAAUCAGUUAAUAUCAUCUGUGUAAUUUAGCAGCCAUGCCAUUUGUCCGUGUCCUCCUAGUCAAGGAAAUGUUCAAUAAAAUUUGUGUAAUAAAUGAUGAAAGGUGUAAUGUAAUACUACUGAUUUUAUAGACACUAAAUUGUAAAAUGUAUAGUGAUUAUUUUUUAAAUGUAAUUGUUGUCUUAAAGGUCCAGUGUGUAAGAUUUAGGGGGCUCUAUUUACAAAAUACUUCAGAAAUGGAAUACAGUAUGCAUAGCUAUGUCCUCCUCCCCUGAGUCUGCUAUGUCACACCACGUUUCUACGGUAGCUCACCAUGGACAAACCAAACAUGAGCCGUAGUUUCUCCUUUCCUUUUGUUCUUUGGACCAGGAGGGCGAGUGGAGGGGGUUGCAAUUCCAAGCUACACUGCUAGAGGUCACUAAAAAC